CGCCCCCUGUAGCUUGGUGGUGUAAUGGCAUGGAGAUUUGUUGUAGGCGUGCCGGGAAGCAGUGUCAGGAUACUACCGUGGCUCAGAUCAAGAGAGGAUUUCUUGGGAGAGCAAUAGAGACUUGAUCUGGGCUAGAGGGGACGGACAUCGGUCGACUGAGUGGCUAGAGGGGCAGGUGGUACGUGAAGUCGGGCGGACCCGGAAUCUAGAGGAAACGGGACCAUGACUUAUGCUUAUCUCUUCAAGUACAUCAUCAUCGGGGACACAGGUGUGGGGAAGUCAUGUCUCCUUCUGCAGUUCACAGACAAGCGGUUCCAGCCUGUCCACGACCUCACCAUAGGUGUGGAGUUUGGGGCCCGCAUGGUCAACAUUGAUGGAAAACAAAUCAAACUGCAAAUCUGGGAUACGGCUGGGCAAGAAUCCUUCCGUUCUAUCACCCGUUCCUACUACAGGGGAGCUGCGGGAGCCCUGCUGGUGUACGACAUCACAAGACGUGAAACCUUCAACCACCUGACCUCCUGGUUAGAGGAUGCCCGGCAACACUCUAGCUCCAACAUGGUUAUCAUGCUAAUUGGGAAUAAGAGUGACUUAGAGUCCCGCAGGGAUGUGAAGAGAGAAGAAGGAGAGGCCUUUGCUCGGGAACAUGGACUUAUAUUCAUGGAAACUUCAGCCAAAACAGCCUGCAAUGUUGAAGAGGCCUUCAUUAACACAGCCAAAGAAAUAUAUAGAAAGAUCCAGCAGGGUUUAUUUGAUAUCCACAAUGAGGCAAAUGGAAUCAAGAUUGGUCCCCAACAGUGUAUUUCAACAUCGGUGGGAUCCAGCUCCUCCCCGCGGAACUCUGGUGACGUAGGGUCCAACUCUGGCUGCUGCUGAACAUCUGGCCUGAUCUCUUUUUUUCUUUCUGGAACAGCUUCAGAUCAAUAGGCUUAAAGAAAGAAGUCUAAUUUGCUUUGGCUGAGAAAAGCCUCUUUUCAAAAUAUGAUGUUUUGCCUUUCUACAUAAAAAGACCAGGGGAGAAUUUGGUCCCUUGCUGACCUGUCCUUCUUCAGGGAUGUGAGCAUUCCCUAUAGUUAGGACUUUUCUUAUCCUUCUUCUGUUUUAAUUUCUACAAUGUUAGCAUCAAAACUGAUUGUCAUAGUAGUUCAAAAGUAAAUAUAUUGUUUUAUGAGCCUACACAGUGUACACCCCACCAAGUAAAAUUAGUAAUAGGGUCUAGGACAGUGUGCUUGAGCACUUAAAGUUACUGGGAUCUAGAUAGCCAUGGACCAGAGAUCCUCUGCCUAGCAAUUUCAUUGAGUUAUUUUACUUCCUUGUCUUUGGAACCCACUCACCACUUCAUAAGAGAUCUUGAAAAAGAUUGUUCCUUCUACUUGAACUUCUCAAAGAGGCUGAAUACUUCUUUACCAUCCUUUAACUAGCUUCUCUCUUUCCUGGAGUAACUACAAAACUGUGAGAGCCACAGAGUUGCUCCUGGACAAUGGCUACUUACUACCAUUACUUAAAGAAAAGUCUUUCCUCGCUUGUUUUGUUUUAGGGACCAGGCCUAAAAUUGAGUGUCUUUCCUGAAAAACACCCAUUACACUCAUUUCUUAACUAGACCUAUUUGGACUGUCUAUCAAACUAUUAUGCUUUCUGGACAUGUCAUAUUUACUUCCACCUUAAUACCUUUGCACUUGCCACCUCCCUGCUACUAUUAUACUCAAAAUCUAAAAAUUUGUGUUUCAGAGAGGUUUCUUUGAACUCAGAACUUCUAGACAAUUACUAACACAGUAAACUUUAGUAAACCUUAGCUUUCAAAUGUUUAUUCAGAGGUAUUGUUUAUUUGUAUUAUGUUAUUUUGUAAAUAUAUUUUAUAGUUGUUUUAUGUGUGGUAUCUGUCUCAUAUAGGUUGUAAGCUCCUUGAGAGCAGGAACCAUAUUUUCCCUUUACUUUUUGUAAACCACACCCUCCACCAUUCCUUCCAGUGCCUAGUGCAAUUCAUUAUGUGAUCAUUGACUUUGACUGACACACGUAAAGAUUUGGAACAGGUUUAUCCGAGACUUCAGAGGAAACAAAAGGCCUUAGUGUCAUCUCUUUGUAACUCUAUCUCACUCUUCCCAUCUGCUUACCCUGGAUUCUCUAUUGCUGCUUUCCUCUCAUCUCUCUCCUCUUUCCCUUCCCUGACUCUUUGCCUCCAUUCCAUGUAACAUACAGUAAGUCUGUCUGUUUCCAAGCUAUCAAAUACAUGGUACUUCUCCAGCCAUUCUCCUUUUCAACAGCAUAUAAUACUAUCUUAGCCAAAUCUGCUUUUGCUUUAUUUAUCAUGCCAUCUUUUGGUUCAUUUGUUAUAUCUUUUUUGCCUUGACAUCCAUUCUCUUUACUGCACUGAGGUCUCAUGACUUUUUCUAAUUUUUUGUUGUUGUUGUUGUUGAUGAACUGUUUCAUUAUUAAAUAUAUGCAUGUAUUCAA